CUAAGAAUCCACACAUUAAAAGUAGUUUGCUACAAUGUAGACAGAAUCUUUAUGUAGAAAUGAUCUUUGUGUAGAUUAGAUUUUCUAUCUUCAUGUAGAAUCGAUCUUUAUGAAGAAAGCUUCUUAGCUAGACAAAAACUAUUGAAGAAUCUUCAUUCUUCAUCUAGUGUAGACAUCUACAUUUGCAACACUGGUCAAGAACCUCACAAAAAAUUAUUUUUUAUUUUAUUUUUAAUUAAAUUUUAUCUUAUUUCUUAAAUGGACCACUCUCAUGUGCUUCUCGAAAUUAGCUUUUGUUUUGGAAUACAUCGCACACAAGUCACAUUGAAAUAAAACUUUUGGAUGGACAACAGCAAUAUGGGCACUCAAAUGCUUUUUAUCCUUAAACAUGACCGAACAUUUUGGGCAUUUUAUAGCAUCUUUUCCAACUUUUGCAUCCCAUCGUGUAUGAUAAUCUUGAUGUAGUUUGUAGUGUGCCUUGUUGUCACUUGAGUAGCUGCAUCGAUCACAUUUGUAAGCUUUGUCUCUGUUCUUGUCAUGCGUCUUUAAAUGCUUUUUUAAAUUUCCUUUGUCAAAAAAUCCUUUUUCACAAAUUUCACAUUUAAAGCUUCUCGGAUUCUCAUGGAACUGCUUAAUAUGAAAUUUCAAAUCUUGACCAUUUCUAACUUUCUUGCCACAAAUUUUACAUUCAAACUGCUUGUCAUGACUCCUCAAAUGAUUCUUAAGCACACUCGGCAAUUUGAAGUUUUUUGGACAAAGAUGACACUUGUACUUCCUCUUGUCUGAGUGGACUGCAAUCAUGUGAUCCUUUAAUGACAGAAACUUCAUUUCAAGCUUACAAAUUUCACAAACAACAUUCGAUCGAUGACUUCCCAUGUGAGCAUUAAAGCAUGACUUGUUUGUGAAAAUCCGUCCAUCAAAAUCACAAAUAAAUUCAUGAUUCCUUCCAAAAUUAUGUUUAAGUCUCAUAUGAACAUCUAGUCGACCGAUGUUUUUGAAUUUACAUCCACAAAGUCCACAUAAAUAUGAAGUUAAAUUUUUAUGGAUUUUUGGACGCAACUUGAUGGAUUUAUUGACAUGAUCUUUGUUGCUGUUGCUGUAAUUUGAAAAUUUUUCAAUUUCUAAAUGUUUAAAUUGGUCCAUAUCCAUAUCUAUGUCUUUUAAAACAACUCGACAUUCACGAAUGUUUUGUGUUUCGGUAAAAUCUUUCCAUUGUGGUUCAAGGACAAUCUCAAGAUCUUGUUUAGCCUGUUGUUCCUUGAUGACUUUUGACUGAACAUUUAAAGAUUUUUCAGAACAUUCCAUUCGAUUUUCUUGGUCAUCUACUGGCUCUUGCUUAAUAAACCCCAAAAGUUCUCUGAUUUUUGCGAGAUUUUUUGUUAUUGUCGUUUUUGGCCUCUUGUUAGGCACCGAAUGUUCACUAUUUUCUUCCUUUAAUCGACCCAUUUGAGUUAUUUUUUGAAUUUUGAAAUCCAAAACAACUUAAUCUUAACUUGAUCACUUGAUGUUGUUUAAAGAGCGAUGAAACAUUCAACAUUCGAUGACAAACAAUCAAUUGAUGUUGACUUGAUGCACAGCAGUGAAAUAGUUGGCCGAAUGUUCUAAAGGAUCUGGAUUCAAUCCCAGGACAAGUCAUUAUUUAGAAGCCUCUUUUUUCCAUUUCACUGUUCUAGUUACGAAGCUCAGUUUGUCAGUUUUGUGUAGAUUUGAGAUCUUCGGCACAUAAAGUGUCUCCUUUGCUUGCUAUUCUAGGAUAUAUAUUAGCAUCUGGAUGAUUUCAUUACAGCAUGUUGCACACACGAAAGACAUUGCAGGGUCUUUGGACGUCCUCGUGUCUUUGCAAUGUGCUGAGCUUGCAAGUGCAUCAGAUUCCAUUAUAAACUGUAAGUCUAAAGAGUGUAAUAAAUUUGAAUCGCAGUGACUUUAGCUCAAAAGGCUCAAUACCAAACUUUGGACAGGUUUGGGGUGGAUGAUCUGCACCUUAUGGCUAUAAUCCUGCUAUUUGACAUCAAAACUUAACGAUUCAAGGUUCCAAGUAUUGAACUCUUUGGAUUUAACUUAAAUCUAAUCUCAAAUCAGCUAGUUCAAUCCAAGUAAAUCAUGAAUGAUGAAUAAAAUCAAUCAAAAACGUAAACAAUAACAAAAGUAAUUUUAUAACACAUAACUUUGAAGUUUUUUUGAUUCCUGUGAUGGAUUGAAGCAGUCAUAAACACCGGAAUCGCUUGCUUUUUGGUGAAAAAGAUUAAUUCAACCAAGCAACAUCAGCACAAAAGAAACAAUAGUUCAAAAUAACCAAAACUUAAAAAUCAAAAGCUUAAUCAACUUCAAACAUUAAAUAAAAAAAACAAAAAUGCCUCGUCGACCAAAAUACGACUUUGAAAUCAAAAUCGAAGUAAAUCCAAUCGACACCGAGCGAAAUCCACUCGAGAUCCAAGAAAACUGGAUUAAAUUAGAGGACAUUAAGAAGGAAGAGUCAACAAUCGUCAAAUAUGAAUCUGAACUAGAUUCAGCAUCAAGUCAUUCAGAACCACAAGCUGCUCACAGUCCAGCAUCAAGCCAUUCAGAACCUAAAGCAUUCAACAGUCCAGCAUCAAGCCAUUCAGAACCUAAAGCUUCCAACAGUCCAGCACAUCAAUCAGACUCAACUGACUGCAGUUCUAAAAAUCCACCAAGGAAAAUAAUAACUUUAAGCAGAGUCAAAUGUCAAGUCUGCGGCAAAGAACUAACCAAAAAGAACAUGAAUAAGCAUAUGAAGAACCUCCAUCCAGAAGCAGCUGGUCUUGAAUUCAGUUGCAACUUUUGUGAAGAGAAAUUCAGCAAAAGAGGAAGUUUAAGGAUUCAUAUGUCGGUAAUCCAUCCAAAUGAGGCCACAGCACUUGCACCUGAACAGUUCACUUGUGACUAUGACGGCAAAGUCUUUAAAACUAGAAUGGAAAUCCACGGACACAUGCAGUUACACAAAACAUCAAAUUUAGAGAAAGUCAGAUGUGAGAUUUGUCACAUUGAAGUGCAGCAAAGAUACUUGAAUAGACAUGUACAGGAAGUGCAUACAGACAACAUAUUUCAAUGUGACAUUUGCAGCCUCUGCGUCAAGACAAGUCGAGCGCUUAAAAUUCACAAGAAAGGACACAAAAGAGAGCAUGAAUGUGGAAUCUGUAAGAAAGCAUUUGCAGUGCCAGCAAAGUUGAAGAUUCACAUAAAGACAGUCCAUGAACGACCUGUCGAAAGUUGUGUCUGCGACGUGUGUGGCAAGGAGUUUAGAUGGAAAGGACAUUUGGAAAGUCAUCGACAAAGUCACGUGGAAAAAGAAAAGAACUUUAAAUGUGACAAAUGUCCUUGGGCUUUCUACAUCAGUUCAAGCUUAAAAAAGCACCAAAAGACACAUGAAAAAGAUGGACAAAAAGUUGCAUCAAUGAAAAAUCCAGAAAAAUGUGAAAUAUGCUCAAAACAUCUCAGCAACAAGAAAUCCUUGAUUUCACACAUGAAGAAUGUUCAUCAACAAAAUCAAGAACAGCAUCCGUGCGCCUUGUGUGGAAAGGUCUUCAAAAGUAAAACGACUAUGGAUGCUCACAUCAAGAGAGAAAAAUGUAAAAAAGAAUAA